AUGAACGGAAUGAACGGCGGCAAUGUGCCUAACGGCAUGGGCGGCGUGCCCACUCCGGCCGGCCAGCAGGCCGAGCUCAACUACAUCUAUGGCAUGGUCGAGGAGCUCAGUCGACAGCUUGCGGAGAAUCGUCGAGUCACCGAGGACAUUGUGUCUGGCCUUGGAAGAGUGCGCAGUCGUGCGAGGACGCAGGGGAUGAGCAAUGAGGACCUCAUACACAACGCUGCCGAUGACAUUCAUGCACAAGAACAGAACCUCGACACCCUCAUCUCCAUCCUCUCCGAAUCCCUUGAGAAGGCGAAGUACAGCCGCGAUGCUAACGCAACCCUUCUGACCCAAUACGCGACAGUCCUCGCGGCCAUGCUGAAGCAAUUCCACGAGUACAAAGCAAAACACGUCACGGAUGUCGCUGCAUGGCACCGCUCCUACCGCUCUCAGCUCGCCGAAGCACGCGCCGAGAAUAGCAGACUCCGAGAACAGAUAUGGGAGAUGCAGGAGCGCGCCGGAAAGGCCAAUGAGGCGCUGCGCAAUUUCCGCCGAAAGUACGACGAGAACGAGACGAGGUGGGACCGGCGCGUUGAGGAGGUUGCCGCACGCCAGGAGCUGCGUUUCUGGAAGCGGAUGGCCAUGCCUGAAGUCAGCGACGAGGAUCCCUGCUGGAGCGACGACGACGACCUCAUCGACCCUGCGGAGAAAGAGCGGCUAAGGGAGCUGGAGAAGAGGGCCGCCCAGGAACAACUUGCCGGGAGCCAGCAGAUGGGUGACGAGUACUCGCGUCCACAGUCACCGGAAUCUAGCAUGAUGGGCGGCGUCCCCAUGCAGCGAGAUCUGGGUAUUCCCAUGGGCAUGCCUGUACCUCCGCCACGGCCCUCGAGCGCGACGUCCAGCACCGGCUCUUCUGGCCAAUGA